ACUCGGCAGGCCCUCUAUCAGAUGACAGAGCUGGUGAGGAUGGCUUGAGGUUGAUCAUGGCUCUGUCGAGGGGUCUGAGAUGUUGUCAAAGGAUUUUCUCCUGGAUUCCCGUCAUUAUCAUCUCAUGUGUCGUGCUCUGGUCAUAUUACGCAUAUGUCUUUGAACUGUGUUUCGUAACUCUCAACAAUGAUCUAGAGAGGGUGACCUAUCUGUUGAUAUUCCAUGUGUGUUUUAUAAUGUUCUGUUGGACCUACUGGAAGGCCAUAUUCACUCCACCGUCUGCACCAUCUAAAAAGUUCCAGUUAUCGUAUACGGAUAAAGAAAGAUAUGAGUUGGAAGAGAGACCAGAUGUUCAGAAACAGAUCCUUGCUGAUGUUGCCAAGAAGCUUCCUAUUUUCACACGUGCUCAGUCAGGAGCUAUCAGGUUCUGUGAUCACUGUCAGGUGCUAAAACCUGACCGCUGUCACCACUGCUCCCUGUGUGAAACAUGUGUUUUGAAAAUGGAUCACCAUUGUCCAUGGGUGAACAAUUGUGUCGGCUUCUCCAACUACAAGUUCUUCUUGCUCUUCUUGUCGUACUCUAUGGUGUACUGUGUGUUCAUAGCAUCAACAGUGUUUCAGUACUUCCUCAGAUUCUGGACGGGAGAUCUUCCCAGCGGACCAGCCAAAUUCCAUGUGCUUUUCCUUUUGUUUGUGGCUCUCAUGUUUUUUGUCAGUCUCAUGUUCCUGUUUGGUUACCACUGUUGGUUGGUGGCUAAAAACAGAUCCACACUAGAGGCGUUUUCGGCACCAGUGUUUCAAAACGGUCCUGACAGGAACGGUUUUAAUCUCGGCUUCAGCAGAAACCUCCAGCAGGUGUUUGGGGAAAAUAAAAAGCUCUGGUUUAUACCAGUGUACACAAGCGAAGGUGAUGGACACUUUUUUCCCCUGAGGACCUUGCGUGAAUCUGAAAACCCUUUACUGGCCAAUGAAGAGAAAUGGAUGGAGAACGGUGAAUCAGAUGAAGAGAGUGCAGAGGAUGAGAACGGCUCUUUAGUCACUAUCAGGACAGAAACAUAAUCUCUGGACUGGAUUUAUAUUAGUGGAACACACUACUUCACUUCAACAAUAAACAUCCAGAACGGUUUGAUGAAAGCAUCCGUUUUUGAAUGUGACAACUCCAUUCCAGUUCCUGGAUCAUUCCUGAAGAGCAUGUCCAUUAGGAGCCAAUUAUAGCAGACUGUGGAGAUUUCAUUUUUUAAUUUUGAACUUAAAACUCAUCGUUGAAUGUUACAAUAUCAACUUUUCUGGAAAAAGGAGCGUCACAGGACAAUCAGUGACAUUUUCCGAUGUCGACGACCUGUUGGACUGUGGAUUAUAAUGAAAACCCCCUGACACAUAUCAGUCAUAAAUAAUCAUGUAGUUGCCUGCAGUGCUGGAGGUAUUUCCAGGAAGUGUUGGAUUUGAUUUAUGUUGCGUUUUAUUUCACAUUAUGGAGUGAAUCUCAUGAAACCCAUUAAGAACAUGUCAGUUCAUAUUUCAGACCAAAAUCAAAAGAAAGGAAAAGUUAAUUAGCUUUGAGAUGUUUCGUGUUUUGGCAUUGUUUUCAUGAUUUCGCCCUCAAUUCUCACCACUGCAAUGCCAAAAAGUGUAAUAAAUAUAACUGUAUUGUAAAAGUCAUAACAGUAUUUGUUGUACUGGUUUGUAAAACAUGUUUAAAAGUAUUUUGUUUCUAUAAUACAGUAAAAAAAAUCUUUUGAUUUUGGUCCUAAGAUUUUUCAUGAGAUUGACAGAUGAAAUAAACAGAAACACAGAUGCCACGUUAAGGGUUUGUUUCCAUCACUUUUCAUAUUCAGGUGGUUGGAAAUCCUAUGCAUUUAUUCACUUUACACAGUUAUAUAAUUGACUAUGUUUUAUUAAGCUUUGUUUAUUAAUUAAUUCUGACCGUUUAUUAAUUUAUAUUAUGUCUUUCUUUUGCAUUGUGAUGCAGUAUAAACAUUUUCUUACCUCUCUGUACAUAAUUGUGGGCUACUGAGAACAUAAUUUAUUAUUGUCCAGUAGUCUCCUAACAUGUAAAACACAAAAUAAGAUGUGAUUUAAUACAAAUGCAUUGGCAUAUCAUAAAACCCAUAAUCCCAUCAUAUGACUGUUUUCAGUUAGACUGUAGAAAUGUCUUUGUGAGAUGCUACCACAAACAAUAAUCAUGUUUUCCACUGGUGUUAACAGGAGUAGUUGUGAGAUAGAUCUGGAAAUUGUUGUAUACUUAUAAGGAUGUUGUAUUGUGAGUGGGUGGGCAUCUUUUACAGUUUUGACAAAGUUUGGCAAGUUAUUGUAUUUUUAUAAGUCCUGUAUUUGUAUUGCUUUGUUUUAUUGUGUAUGCUACCAAACCUUUUUUAUUUAAACUCCAUCUGAAUUCAUUAUAUGUGAUUACAUGCCAAUGGUACAAAAAACAGUAUCUAUUGUUUUAAGGGUCUUCAGAUCAUUAAAUAUCAAAAAUCCUUU